AUGGCGGACGCCUACCACGACAUGGGGAUGGAGUCACUUUCGGAAUCGGACGAUGAAUACCUUGGUGACAUAUCAACCCAGAUACCCCAAUGGAGGCUGCAGAAUGCACCGCCGACACAACCUGACCACCAACUAGCCACUAAGGUCGACCUGUCAGGGAUG